AUGGUUGCUUUGAACAAUGCAAAGGAGAAGAAUGAGAUGGAGAAAAGUGAGGAAUUGGAUGGAGAACAAUGCAAACAAGAUUCAUCAUCAAUGUUCAAUUCUAAGAGUAUGGUUGAAAAGAAGCUGAAAGAAUUGGAAAUGUUGGAGAUGAGUAAUGUGGAUUAUAUAUUAGACAUUGAAGAGGUUCUUCAUUACUAUUCUAGGCUCACUUGUCCUUCGUAUCUUGAAAUUGUUGAUAAAUUCUUCGUGGAAAUGUAUUCUGAGUUCUUUGGUUGCCCUGAGACACCUGCUAGUGUUAACUCUAAACUGAAGAUGAGAUCAGUCAGGUCUUAA